AUUAUAUCCAUUCAUUUAUUUGCUCGCGUCUAUAACUUGAUCUCUUUAGUAGUCAUAUCGUAUCUGCAUAUUACGAUUUUCCAACGUUAUAUUUACUCAUUUUAACAAUCCAAACGUUUACUGCAAAAAUAUCUGCCAGAAUUCAGUCCAGAGGACUUCUCACGGAAACUGUCAAUUUGAUAAAAUGAUAUAUUGUUGAAUUGUAAUCGAAAGUCUUUGGUGCAAAUCAGUAGAAGUUGGUUAAAUUCGUCCAUUUGCAAAUGAUUUCCCAGUAUUUCGACACAUAGAUUUUCUAGUUUCUUCUAGUGGGAUUGCGGAUCACACAUCGUUGGUUCUAAUUCACUGGAGUUAAAUAGCCAUGCUGGUUUUCUUUACCUAUGAGUUCUUUUGGUAAUCUCUUCAAACAGAAAGUUCUACCUAGUGGCUCAAGGAUCAACUUGAGGACAAAAUUUCAUACUUAUUUCAAACAACUGGCAGGAGAUUAUAUUUCAUCUGGUCGUGACACUCUACAACUUAUUCGUCAAAAUCCAGUACCAUCUACUCUCUGGACUUCAGCUGUCCUUGCUUUAUCAUACAUUACCAGCACCUGUCCCAAUAAACAGAAUUAUUAUGAUUCUCUCGUUGAAUCUGCUAUUGAUUUGUGGGAAGUUCCAGAUCUUAUACGCAACUCUGGAAGUGCCAGCUACAUUCAUAAAUGUCUUAAAUUAUUCUCUAAAGAACAGAUUAGGUAUAAUAACCUUGGAUUAUUUGCAAUUAUCUGGCGUGAUGAUCGAACUCAGUCGUGUUAUCAGUAUGCAGAAAUAUGCAAGUACACCUAUCCUGCGAACGGGGGAGGGAAUUUCACAGGUCUCCUUCGUUUAUUCUUGUUCGAUCGUCCUCAAGAAAAUGGUCUGGAACGCAUACAGAAUAUUGUUCAGGAUCGCAUUUUGGAUUUUGGAUUCAUGGGAAAAUGGUGGUUCAUGUCACACUACAUGGAUAGCUAUGACAUCAAUCCUGACGAAUGGGAAACUCCAAAAAUCUUCGAGAAGCUCACCAGGAAAGAGUCGGACUAAUAACAGUUUUAAAAGCAGUGCGAAACCUAGUCAGCCUACUUGCUCGUCAUCUCAUUUUAAACCAUCUGAAGAUCAUAACUGCAGCGGACAAAAUAUUGAAUUAUAUUUGAAUAGUCAUAAUAACAUGAAUGAUGACUGGGAAAUAAUAAAUGAAGAAGUUUUGUACGUAGACUGUCAAGGUCUGCUAGAAGAUGAUAUCUUAACCCCAUCUAGUGUCAUUCGCCUUGUGGAUAUAGAGUCAGAUAAACCUCUUAUGCAGGUUGGACCAGCGGUCUUUGAAGGACGUUAUGAAGAUACAGUUGGGACAUAUUUAUUCUUUGAAAAUAACUCCACUCUGAAUAACACUCUUCCCAUAGAAGGCGCUUCUCUAGCACCAGUGCACAAAAUGGACGACCAAACAUCACAGCAUACCACAACCUAUGUCGCUAAAUCUUCCAAAUCUCUUACAUUUCAGCGCAUUUUCCUAAAAGCAAAAGAAGGAAAUCACUAGCUACUUCCAUUGGGAAUGUUAAGUUUCGAGUAUUGGAGUGUAAUUUGCAAUAUGGGGUUUUGUACUUGUUAAGACAAAUAUAUUUUUAAAUGAGCACCCAAAGCCUUCUUAACAAAAACCAUUCUCAGAGAUUUCCAUAGUUACGUAUUCCUGUUGCCCCUUCUGGAGAAGCAUAGGCCGCCCCCAAAUGGCCUGGUAUGACCGAGAGCAGGGUAGGCCCGCCCUCCAUCUCGAAAUGCUCUCACAUGGACACGCGUAUAUAGCCUUUGCCAG